AGAAGAAGAAAAAGAAGAAGAAGAAGAAGAAGAAGAAGGGUUUAAAGAGGAGGAUAAUGAUGCUAGGCGUUGCCACUCUAGCUCUGGGUUCAUCAUCUACAAUGGCGUCGUCUCAGACCCAAGCUCAGUAUUCUGCUCUGGCAUUCCCAGGAAGCAGCAGAAGACAGAAACUCCUUAAUCGCACAGAAUCGUUACCUAUGGGACUCAAGUCUCGUUGUGCUCACAAUAAUUGGGGCUUAUCCUUCUCCUUCAAGGAUUCUAGACCUUCAGGACCUUUCACCCCAGCUGUUGCUGCUGUGGAUUCUGAUCAGCUCAGUUCUGAUCCUCCCAGCAAGAAUAAAGACAACAAGUAUUACUUUGUUGUUGCAAAUGCAAAGUUCAUGCUGGAUGAAGAGGAGCAUUUCCAAGAAGUCUUGUUUGAAAAACUUCGUAACUAUGCGGAGCGUAACAAAGAACAGGAUUUCUGGCUAGUGAUUGAGCCUAAGUUCUUGGAUCGGUUCCCUGAAAUUACCAAGAGAUUAAAGAGACCUGCUGUUGCUCUUGUGUCGACCAACGGUCCCUGGAUCACAUUCAUGAAGCUGAGACUGGAUCGAGUUCUAUCAGAAAGCUUUGAAGCUGAGAGUCUAGAAGAAGCACUAGCCUCCAAUCCUGUCAAUCUAGAGUUUGAGAAGCCAGAAAAAUGGGUGGCACCCUAUCCCAAGUACAAAUUUGGAUGGUGGGAACCAUUUUUGCCUCCUGGACAGAAGAAAGAGGUGCAGGCUUGAGAUAUUCUUCAAUUUGUUUUGCUAAUAGUCUUCAUUAGACUUCUCUCCUGAGGCUUUUUAAAUCGUUACUACCUGGUGGUUGAAGUUGGUGAAAUUUCCAUUCAGCUUUGUAAUUUUUUGUGAAUGCAAUAUGUUUCCCUGAAAUCAAGUUAUGCUUACAAUUAUAGGGUCUAGGAAUUGCAUCUGUAUCUCAUGUGAGGAAAGUAUAGAUAAUGCCAUGGAAUUAGUCUUUCUUUGUGUAGUUUAAGACUUGUAUGUGAAGUCCUGAAUAUUAAUUUCCUUCUACAAUAGUUUAGUAAAUAAUUUGACUUAAAAUCUCA